AUGGAAAAGGUUCAGUUCCAGCUCGAGGCCACGCUCCCAGAGCUCAAGGACCUGUACGACAAGGGUCUCUUCUCCAAACAUGAGAUUGACCAGAUCACCAAGCGCCGUACCGCGUUCGAGACAUCGCUCAUCCGCCUCAAGACACGCAAGGAUGACUUCUUCAAGUAUGCCGAGUACGAGAUCAACCUCGAACGCCUGCGCAAGGUGCGCUGGAAGAAGUGCGGUUACCAUGUGAACCCGCCUGCGCCGAGCGCGUCGACAUACUCUCUCCCAAGGCGGACGCUGUACAUCCUCAAGCGCGCGACGACAAAGUUCCCUGGAGACCUUGCUGUCUGGCUGGCAUAUGUCGAGUAUGCCGCUCACCAGGGCAUGACUAAGAUUGUUGCCAAGGGCCUCACUUUGGCGCUUCAACACCACCCCCUUUCCCCAACGCUCUACCUUCUCCUCGCCCACCACCACCUGCAUCCAGGAGACCCCUUGCCGCGUGCAGCCAUCCCCAGCUCGAGCGCCAACCCCCUCGACCUUCCCCAGCGCCGCGAGGGCACCUCAACCUUCUCCCUCGAGGGUACCGGACCCGCACGUACCACGCUUCUCCUUGGCCUCCGCGUGCUGUCCAAGAGCCACACCCUGUGGCAAGAGUACGCCAAGCUCGAGCUUGGUUGGGUCGAAGGCCUGCGCCGCCGCUGGCGCGUCCUCGGUCUCACUGAGAAUAAGGAAAGUGUCGAUUUUGACGGUGACGUUGAUGCGCUCGUUGGCGGCGACGGAGCCUUUGGGCCCGAGGGUGAGGAUGCGCGCCGCGCUAUCCUCUCCGGCCAGCUGGUCGUGCACGCACUCGAGAGCGCUCUGAACAAGGUCCAGCCAGGCGAUGAGGGGCGUGACGCAGGCGCAGACCCAACCGUUGCGGCUGACGGGAUGGCGUUCCGCGAAGGCUUGCUGGAGAUGCUCCGCUCGUACCCUAGUCCGCUGCGCAAGUCGGCGUUGAGGACAGUGUAUGCCGAUCUCGAGCGUAUCACGGCCAAGGGAGGACGGGACGGGGCACGUGCGCGUCUCGCACUCGUCACGCGUCCGUUGUACGACCGAGCAUACGAGGCCGGCCAGGAGGAAAAGAGAGGUAUCGUGCUCGAGGGCGUCGAGCUUGUCGAUGCGCUCGGCGUGAUCGGGAAGGAGAUGCGCAGCGUUGCGAAGAAGGCGGGAUCCGAAUGGACCGACAUCGCUGGUGCUUGGCUCGCCGAGAGGAUAGCGGAGGCAGGAGAUAACGCCGACUUGCAACGUUACCUCCUCUCGACGCUAAAGGCGCUCACGAAGCCGUCGCUCGCUGCUCCCCCAUCUCUCCUGUUGCGGCACCUGGAUCUUGUCAAGACCCUCGACCCCGAGUCGUACCUCGCCACUGCCCGCUCGCACGCUGCCCAGCACCCCGAAGACGCCGACCUCGCGCUCGCACGUGUCCGCGCCGAAGUCGAGGACGAGGAGGACCAGGACGAGGUGCUCCGCGUCUGUGCAGAGACUGCGAAGACUAUCACUCGCUCCGGCCUCUCGGACGAGGCACAGGAUGCAGUCGCCUCAGUAUGGCUCGAGUGGGCAGAGUUCGAGGACGAACACACGACAGACCCCGCUGCAUCGUGGAAGAAGAUCCUUGCAGCGUCGCUCCGGGCUCCCCUGCCAUCCCUCCAUCCCGCAAUGUUGGCGGCAUACUUCGCGGCGGAGCUGGCGCGCGGUGCGGAUCCUUCUGCGACAUUGGACAAGCUUGUGCGCGGCUACCACCCAACGCCGGCAUUCUUCGCCCCGGCCUUCGAAGCCCUCAUUGACGCCGGCGCACACCUCACCCCAAGCGGCGGAGAGGACGCCGCAGCGCACCUCUACCGCGCUUGGCGUGGGUCAUGCCGCGCCGACGGGGAUCGCGUCUAUGCUGCCCUGAGCUACGUUGAGCAUCUCCUGACUAUCGGGCGCGGACGGGAUGCGCACGUCGUCGUUGAGACUGCUCGCCGGGAGGUCGCGGACGCGACAGUGCUCGAGGAGGGCUGGAUGCGGCUUGUUGACGCUGCUGAACGACAAAUGAGCGAGGAUGAGAGCGAGGACGAGGAUGAGGAGAUGGACCAGGAUGAGGAGAGUGGUUCGGAGAGUGAAGGCAGUGAGGGGAGCGAGGAGAGCGGCGACCUCGAGAUGACCUUCUAG